UUGUCCUGGGUCCGCUCCGCCGCCUUCACUGCGUGACUCCUCCCGCCGGCCCCGCCAUGGUCUCGGCUCCGCGCUGCCCGCCGGGCGUCUGGGGGCUCCUGGCGCUGCUACUGCCCCUGCCCGGGGCUCGCGGCAAUUGUGAUUCUCCUCCAAGAUUGAGUUUUGCUGAGCUGCCUGGGGCAGUGAACAAUUCCUAUCCUGUUGGGACCAAACUGAAAUACUCCUGUCGCCCAGGAUACAUGUUGGGCUCUGGAAAAUCUCCUUACGUUACAUGUCUUGCAAAUUCAGCAUGGUCAGUAGACCCUGAGUUUUGUGUAGGAAGACCAUGUAAACCACUAGAACUAGAAAAUGGCAGGGUUCAUUUCAUGGAUCUCCGGUUUGGUGCAACAGCAAACUUCUCCUGUAAUGAAGGGUACAGAUUAAAUGGACCAACUUCUGCCAAAUGUGUGGUUGUGGGAAAUGGAGUUGAUUGGGAUAAGGAGCUUCCACUUUGCGAAGCAAUACCUUGUAUUCCACCUCCUGGUAUCACCCAUGGAUCCCAUACUGGUCAGAGUGAACAAGAGUUUUCCUUUGGCUCAGCAGUAACUUACAAAUGUGACCAGGGCUUCUCUCUUAUUGGAGAGGCCUCCAUUCAUUGUACAACGAAAGAUAAUCGCAAUGGAGACUGGAGUGGACCUGCUCCUGAAUGCAAAGUGGUCAAUUGUCCAGAGCCAGAAGUCAAAAAUGGAAAAAAGCAAUCUGGGUAUGGACUCCAUUAUUCAUAUGGAAACACUGUAAUAUUUGAAUGCGAUUCUGGCUACACUCUGAAGGGUAGCAGUUCAGUUAAAUGUGAAGCUAACAAUUUAUGGUUUCCAUCUUUGCCAACUUGUCUACGGCAGAACACUGGUACCACGAUUGCUAUUGGAAAGAUGCCUGUCAUUCUGGCAGUGCUGAUGACUAACUUGUUCAUCAGACAGUGAACAUAUUGGAAGAAAAUGGAAAAAUUGAGGGAAACCUCAUAUGAUAGCAUUAAACGUCUCUCAUGAUCCCAGAGUCCUCCCACUACAAUUGUAUGCGGGGUUGUGGAUUUUGCUGUUGCGAGCAAGAGCCUUUUGAGAUUUCUAUUUGGAGGUUUCGAUCUUGAAGUACUUAUUAUCCCUUUUAAAAUACAGAUUAAUGGUGCCAAAGAUACUCAUUGAACUG